AUGGCGGACCAGCUUACUGAGGAACAAAUUGCCGAGUUCAAGGAGGCGUUCAGCCUCUUUGACAAAGACGGCGAUGGGACCAUCACGACUAAGGAACUCGGCACGGUCAUGCGGUCGCUCGGUCAAAACCCGACAGAGGCAGAACUCCAGGAUAUGAUCAAUGAAGUCGACGCUGACGGAAAUGGCACCAUCGAUUUCCCGGAGUUCCUUACUCUGAUGGCGAGAAAGAUGAAGGACACGGAUACAGAGGAGGAGUUGAUUGAGGCGUUCAAGGUUUUCGACCGUGAUGGCAAUGGCUUCAUUAGCGCAGCCGAGUUGCGACACGUGAUGACGAACCUGGGCGAGAAGCUCACAGAUGAGGAAGUGGAUGAGAUGAUCCGAGAAGCAGAUGUGGACGGUGAUGGCCAAAUCAACUACGAGGAGUUUGUCAAAAUGAUGAUGGCAAAAUGA